AUGUCCUGUCGAGUACUCCUACUUCUUUCGCUUGCAUGCGCUCAUGUGAGUGCUGCCCUCGAUGGCAGCAGAUACAUGUGGUUCACCCAACCCGGCCGAUGGCCUACCUUUGAAGAAGGGAUGCCGAUUGGCAAUGGUCGAAUCGGAGCGACAAUCUAUGGUGGCGGAGCAGAGGUCGUCGGCAUCAAUGAGAACUCCAUCUGGACGGGGCCCUUUCAGGAUCGGACACCACUCAAUGCGACGGAAAUCGAGCCUGUUGUUCGGGAGCUUCUGCUGAAUGGCAACAUUACUGAAGGUAACGUCUUGACCAUGGCCCAGAUGAUCCCAACCAACAACUCGCCGCGGGCUUACAGCUACUUUGGCAACGUCAAUCUGGACUUCGGCCAUCCUGAUGUGGACAUGUCAAAUUAUGUCCGUUGGCUUGACACGAAGGAAGGAAUUGCCGGGGUAAGCUACAGUAUAAACGGGGUGAACUAUACCCGAGAGUAUGUCGCCAGCUACCCGCAAGGUGUUCUGGUGGCGCGAUUUAAGGCCAGCCGACGGGGAGCACUGAACAUCAACGCCACAAUGACCCGGAUCAAGGAUAUCAAGUCGCUUUCGGCCAAUGUGGCCAAAGGCAACAAUUCUCUUACUCUAAUCGGCACCAGUGGACAAUCCGAGAGUGAGGAUCCAAUUGAAUGGACGGGCGAAGCUCGCUUCAAAUCCGAUACAGGAAUGUUCAACGUAUCCGGUUCCUCUCUACUCAUACAUAAUGCAACAACCCUGGAGAUGUAUUUCGACGUGGAAACCAACUUCAGAUAUACAUCACGAGAUGCGCGAGAGAAGGAGAUGCGCAAGAAGAUAAACAAUGCUUACACGCUUGGGUAUGACGCUGUGAGAGCAGCAGCUGUUGCUGAUACCAAAUCACUCUUGGACCGGGUUACACUUGACUUGGGCACGUCGCCAAAUGGGUGGGCGAGUCUUCCAACCGACCGGCGCAUCAGCAUUGCCCGCAAUACAUCUGCCGACGUACAACUCACUGUGCUAGUGUUCAACUUUGGUCGACACCUACUCGUCGCCUCAUCGCGCAAUACAGACAAUGUGACAUCGCUGCCAGCGAACCUACAGGGUAUCUGGAAUAACUCCACAUCGGCUCCGUGGGGAGGCAAAUACACCAUCAACAUCAAUAUUGAGAUGAACUAUUGGCCCGCCGGACCAACCAAUUUGAUCGAGACGCAGGGACCCUUGUUUGAUUUGAUGGCAUUUGCCGAUGUUCGUGGACAGUCAUUGGCCAAGCGCAUGUAUGGCUGUCCUGGCACCGUGUUCCAUCACAACCUGGAUCUGUGGGGAGACCCUGCGCCAACGGACAACUACACUGCGUCCACCAUGUGGCCGAUGGGGGCUGCAUGGCUGGCGUGGCACAUGAUGGAUCACUAUCGCUUCACCGGGGAUACAACAUUCCUCCGCCAAGUGGCAUAUCCGUUCUUCGUUAAAGUUGCUGCGUUCUACGAGUGCUACACCUUCCCCUACCAGGGCUACCAAGUCACGGGGCCAUCUCUAUCGCCGGAGAAUAACUUCUAUGUUCCUGCUGAUGAGACUGUCGCUGGCGCGGCGCAGAGCGUCGACGUAGCCCCCGCCAUGGACAACCAGCUGAUGACCGAGGUGUUUCGAAGCCUUUUAGAUGCAGCCUCGAUCUUAGGGAUAAACGGCACAGCCGUGCAGACGGCCAAAGCAUUUCUGCCCCUCAUCCAAACCCCGUUGAUCGGCUCUUUAGGACAGAUCCUGGAGUGGCGCAAGGAGUACAAAGAAAAGGCCAUCGGGCAGAAACACCUUUCACCCCUGUGGGCUCUGAUGCCCGGUCGGCAAUUCAGUCCGCUGUUGAACAGCACCCUUGGGACUGCGGCCGAAGUGCUCCUGGACCGACGUGUUUCCCACGGGUCUGGGACAACCGGCUGGUCUCGGACCUGGCUGAUCAAUCAGUAUGCCUGGGUAUUUCGCGGUGAUGACGCGUGGGAGCAAUUGACCCAAUGGUUUGCGGUAUACCCCACUCCCUAUAACUUGUACAACACCAAUGAAGGCCCGGUCGGCCCGUACCAGUUCCAGAUUGACGGCAACUUUGGGUUCGUGAGUGGCGUCACGGAGAUGCUAUUGCAGAGCCAUGCCGGGAUCACCCAUCUGCUGCCGGCUUUGCCAUCUGCCUUACCCAAGGGAUCAGUGACGGGGUUGGUGGCCAGGGGCAACUUUAUAGUUGACAUCCAGUGGGAGGCGGGGAAGUUGGUUCAUGCGAAUAUCACCUCGCGUGCUGGUGGGGAGUUGCAGCUGCGGUGUAUGAAUGGCUCCUCGGUUGCGAUUAACGGGCAGGGUUACACGGGGCCGGUCAGGACGAAGGUUGGGGAGACGUAUGUUGUCACGCCGGUCUGA